CAGCCUCAAAGUCAAAGAAGAACACGGUCAGGAUUCUGUUCAGGCACAUGUACGGGCAGUCGCGGUUCCUUGCGGUCCUGGAGGUGACUUUCAGCCGGCUAACAGCAGCGGGACAGUGACGUUAGCAUCGACGAACAUGGCUCAGGCAGUGCAGAAGUUGGUCGCUAAAGUGCCCACUCUCGUUGGCGCCGCUGUCACCUAUUCCAAACCUCGUCUUGCAACCUUCUGGUACUACGCCCGAGUGGAGCUUGUGCCCCCCUCCCCUGCUGAGAUCCCCAAAGCCAUCGAGGGGGCGUCCAAUCUGAUCAAAGCUUUCCAGUCAGGUCGCCUUGGUCAAACCACUGUGAAGGAUGCUUUGAGGAACGGGCUGGUGGCCACUGAAGUCCUCAUGUGGUUCUACAUCGGAGAGUGCAUCGGGAAAGGAGGCAUAAUCGGCUAUGAUGUCUAAGUUUUGGACUCGAUGGUUGUUUUUUUUUUUUUUUUUUGAGCAUUCUAUGCUCAGAUUCCUGUAAGAACCCUGGGAACCAAUAAACACAAAUUUAUUGUUUG